UUCUUUUUUACAGAGGAGAAGUACUCUUAAGGAUUAAGGAGGCCAUUGUCAUUCUUCACUGACGCUUGAAAUUGCUUGAAACAUCACUUUUACUGCAACUGCCAGACAAAAAUUGGAUUGAUGUGCAAUGCAGAGAUCACGUAGAGCUCUUCUACAAAGAAGAGCUUCGGAAAAAGCCAUCACUGGAAGGAAGAGCUUGUAUUAUAAGGUGUCUCUGUCUCUACUUGCUGUUUUAUGGGUGCUUGUCUUCCUCUUAAACUUGUGGAUCAGUCAUGGAGAUGUUUCCAAAGAUUUAGAUGGAUCUGGAGUUCCAGUUGAUGAAUCAACCUGGCAUGAAGAUGAGCUGGGGCUGAGCAAAGGAUCUGAUUCUGGAGUUGAGUUUUUGUCUUCUGAAACAAAUUUGGACGACUCUGAUUGGAGUGCUUCUGCAUCUAGUGCUGGGACCAAGCACAGGAAAAAUGAAGCACAGACUAGCGAAGGAAAUGGGGUUGGUCGUUCGGCUAUUGAAGAACAAGCUGAGGUGGGGACAUCUGGUCUGGAAACAAAAGCAGAAAGGGAUAAUCCAAAGAGUGACAGGCUAUCUCGUGCAGCACCACUUGGUCUUGAUGAGUUCAAGAGCAAAGCAAUCAACCCAAAAGGAAAGCCAGCAACUGGCCAGGCCAAUGGCGUCAUACACAGAUUGGAGCCCAGUGGGACAGAGUACAAUUAUGCUUCUGACUCAAAGGGGUCAAAAGUGUUGGAUUUUAAUAAGGAAGCAAAAGGUGCCUCUAACAUCUUGUGCAAAGACAAGGACAAGUACCUUCGCAAUCCUUGCUCAGCUGAAGAGAAAGUUGUUGUCAUAGAACUUUCAGAGGAAACAUUUGUCGAUACUAUUGAAAUAGCAAAUUUUGAGCAUUAUUCGUCUAACUUAAAGGAUUUUGAGCUGCUAGGCAGUUUGGUUUAUCCAACGGACAACUGGAUCAAGCUUGGGAAUUUCACUGCUGGAAAUGUCAAGCAUGCACAACGGUUUGUACUUCAGGAGCCAAAGUGGGUGAGGUAUCUAAAGUUGAAUAUGCUGAGCCAUUAUGGUUCAGAAUUCUACUGCACACUGAGUGUUCUAGAAGUGUAUGGAGUGGAUGCUGUUGAGAGGAUGCUGGAGGAUUGGAUCUCGGUUCAAGAUAAGCCAGUUGGAUCUGAGGAAAUGGUGGCUGAGCCGGCAUUGGUGACUCCACAGCCAGAGCCCAGUGAACAUGAUGAUCUUUUUGGGGAUCUUAUCACAGAAACUGAUGAAUCUGGAAGCGAAAGCUCCAGUGUGAAACGUGAAGUUCCUAAAGGUAAAGUGCCUGAUCCAGCAAUGGGGAUUCGACCACAGCAGGCUGGAAGGAUGCCUGGGGACACUGUUCUUAAAAUACUGAUGCAGAAAGUCCGGUUGCUGGAUCUUAGUUUAUCUGUUUUGGAGAGAUAUGUGGAAGAAUUGAACGCCAGAUAUGGCGCUAUUGUAAAAGAGUUUGACAAUGAAAUUUCAGAGAAAGACACAUUUCUGGAGAAACUUAGAUCAGAUAUAAAAGAUAUUGUAGACAGCAAGGAGGUCAUUGCCAAAGAUGUUGGGGAGCUCAUUUGGUGGAAAUCCCUUGUUUCUUUGCAAAUAAAUAGUUUAGUCAGAGAUAAUGCAAUUCUCAGAUCAGAGGUUGAAAAGGUCCAGUAUAAUCAGGUUCACAUGGAGAACAAGGGUUUAGCUGUUUUUCUUAUCAGCUUCAUUUUUGGGUUCCUUUCAAUGGUGAAGCUAUUUAUAGAUGUGGUGGUGGGUUUGUGUAGAAUACAGAAAUCUAGUAAAUUUUGGGGGAAGAGCUCUUCAUGGCUUGUCUUAUUGCUUAGUUGUAGCAUCAUAGUCCUCAUUCUUUCUUUUUAAUCAUAGUAUAUAUUAAUUUAUUCUUUGUCU